AUGUCUACCUCAAGAACCUCAUCAAACAGUUUUCUCAAAGGACAUGAUCAUCAACACAAUCAGACUCAAAUAAAUUUAUCUCUACUUCAACGGAACACGUCGGUUUACAACGACAAAAGAGGAAGAAGAAAACAAGUAGAAGAAGGUAGGUUUCUUGGUGUAAGGAGAAGACCUUGGGGUAGAUAUGCAGCUGAAAUCAGAGAUCCUAAUACUAAAGAAAGACAUUGGUUAGGAACAUUUGAUACUGCUCAAGAAGCUGCUUUUGCUUAUGAUAGAGCUGCUCUUUCCAUCAAAGGUAGCGAUGCUAAAACAAAUUUCAUAUAUUCAACUUCUUCUGAAUCUCAUGAAACCAAUCUUCACAAUGUUGUUGUUACUCCUUUAGAUCCUCAAAAAACACAACCAGUUACCAACCAAACUAGCCUCUCUCAGCUUGAUGGUAACUCUCAUUUGAACAAUGAGAAUUUGUUCUUCUCUAAUGAUUCUACUGACUCAGGCUAUCUUGAAUGCAUUGUUCCUGUUAACUGUUUCAAACCUAUUUCAAAUUCCAACAAUUCUAACUUUGAUCAUCAGAGCAAUGCAAGUGGUUCAAGUGAAAAUCAUCGCCAAAAUGUUGUUGAUUCCAUGCAGGGUCAAUCAUUUCUCGACUACAAUGCAUUCUCUCAAGAAGCAUUAAACAUUGAUACAAGUGAAAGUAGAGAAGGAUUAUGGGAUUGCAAUUACAAUGAACUUGCAGCUAUUUUUAACAAACCGUUGAGUAAUGAAAGUCCAAACUAUGAACUAAUGACAACUCGUGAUGUUUCUUCAUAUGCCUAUUCUAAUCCAGCAUAUUCUUCUUUCGGCGAAGUUGACAUGGAAUACUCGCUCUUUUGA